GCUACGGGUACCGCUAACGUACGCAGAAGGACUUCCGCAAGUGCUGGAAGGUCGUACCAGAGAAACCACUCGUGGUCAAUCCGCACCGUCGAAGAAGUGAGGACCGAGCACGGACGGACAACGUUAUUUUACGCGGACCCUCUUUCAUCUCGUCAUCAUCAUCAUCACCAUCCCCACAGAAACCUUACUAAAUUAGUGAAAAAAGAACACUUAAAGAACUCAGUACGUAUGAGUUUAAGAAUAUAAAUAGUUCUGUUUAAUUUGUUGUGGUUUCGAUGAUGUUUCGCAUUGUUUUGAAAUUCUUCGGGUUGGAUUAAGUUAAAAACGCGGUUUCUAAGAACAUUUUAUUUAACACUUACUUUAUAAGUGCUGUGUCAAUACGUUAAAAGUUUUUAAAUAUUAAAACAAUUUGUGUCUUGCGACAAAAGGUUGCCAUCUUAACGCGGAGUUCAAGUCUUUUAAGACACCGGAAAUUUUCGGACUUUAGAACGUCGUCGAAGUAACUGUAUUUCAACUAAAAUUACAACUGAAAUUUCAAUGAUAAUUAUACAGGAACGUAGUUGUUAUUGUGUUUAGUGGUUGAGAAGCAAUCGGAUUUUAGAUUCUUUCAAGCGAGAUGUUGCCGCAUCGCAGAAAUAAUAAUAUGGUGCCAUGGGAUAACUGAUAAUAUCUAACUAAUCCGAAAUCAACCGCAAGCACGGUACGCUCAACUCAAGUUUGUGAUUUGGUCAAGAUAAACAGUAAAAAGCAAUCAGUAUUAGAACGUCCACUUGGAGGAAAAUGCACAGAGACUCGUUGGAAAUAACAACCCGAUUAGAUCAAUAAUGGAUAUUCAAGAGACGUUUCGAUCUGAAGAUAUCAAGACGGAUUUUUUUGAUUUCGUGGUGACUUCAGAAGGGGAUACUCAAUUUACAAAACAAAUGCGUACCGUCAAUACAUUUCUGGCGAACGGCACCACCGAUGAACCAAAAGAAACGAAUAACAAUAUGUUAACAACGGCGGAAAUGAGCGCUGUAACGACUUCCGUGGCCAACGAGGCGAGCAAUUUCGACUCUACGUUCUGGGGAGACAAGGAAACUGUUAGGAUAGAAACCGCUAUUUUGGAAGAUUUAAAUAAGUACUGUUGGACGACGGACCAGGAUGGCGUGGGGGUUCCGGUUUCAAAGAGUGGUACUAAUACCGACGGACAUAUUUACACCUUAACAGUAUUGAAUGGUAUGGACCAAAACGCUACGUGGUACCGACCGCCUUUGGCAACCAUAAUUAAAGAAGAGGACGGGACGAUUUCGAAUACGUCGAUGGAUCACAUCCAAACGACCGGUUUGGAUAUUGAUUCCAUUUUGAGUAUAAUGCCCGGACAGAUUAACGGAUUCAAUAAUAAUUUUAAUGAGUCUACGAUUAGUCCGAAUACGGACGGGUUAAUCAAAUCCGAACCGUACUCUUACGAAGAUAGUGGUUACGCCGAUAAUAAGGACGAAUUGGCAAAUUCUUUGAUAAUAGACACUCCGCUUUUAGAGGCGCACGAUAGUUUUAACAAUAAUAAUAACGAUUGGAAAAUAAAUAAUAAUAAUUCGACGACAUCGACGACGGCCAACGGAGGAACACCGGAUUCGUUAUUAAGGAGUGCUUUGCAAGGGAAAGCUUUCGUGAGAUAUAACGGCAUGAAAACGAAAACGGAAAACAAUAGUGAGUUACGAAGGGUGUUGUCAACGCCGCCGAAUAAAACCGAAACCGUUUUUAUUAAAGAAGAACCCGAUAAGAUCCCAACGAUUGUAGCUGGAAUUGAUAUAAACGGAACUGUAAUUUUCGAAGAACAAAUAUCACAAAGACACACCGAUUCGGAUAACCCAUCGAGUACGCAUAGUAUGGACGAUAUUCUUUUAUCGCAAUUAGAUAAUCCUUAUCCGGAGGAUUAUGAAAAAUUGAAAAGGAUAGCGAAUGAAGUUGCAGAAUCUGUAAAUCAAUUUUGUCCUUUAGAUGGUACGGGAGAACCAAUAUACACGAUUACGCCAGAUCAGAUUAACAUUUUAAGUAAUAUCAAUUCCCCAAUUUCAAUUACCGCUGCUCCUGUGGUGACUAGCACGAAAACCACAACGAAGAAAUACAAACGAUCCAAUAGCAACGCGAAACAGUCUUCUGUUCAAAAUGCAACCUCGACAAGUAACGGUGUUAGAAAGGAACGUAGCUUACACUAUUGCAGUAUUUGUUCGAAGGGUUUUAAAGAUAAGUACUCGGUAAACGUCCACAUCCGCACUCAUACGGGCGAAAAACCUUUCUCGUGCGGUUUGUGCGGUAAGAGUUUUAGACAGAAAGCUCAUCUGGCCAAACACUAUCAAACCCACAUUGCUCAGAAAAAUGCAGCUACCGCUGGAAGCGUACCGACAGCGAAAACAAAAAGCAGGUAGCUCUUAAACUAAAAAUACAACGACGUUGGCUGUUAUGCUUAUAUGUAUUAGAUUUUUAACAAUAAUUAGGAUUUUCUCACAAAAAUUUUUAAAAGAAUAAAUCGUGAAACUAACAUGAUAAGCGCGCUCUGUACCAUUUGUUUUUUUUUUUUUGAGAAUGAGGAAUUAUUGCAAUUGGAAUUAUUUCGUUAUUUUUGUGAAACUCAAUUUCCUUUUGUAUUUCGAUAUUUUUUGUAUUUUAAUUUUUUUGUAUUCCGAUUUUUUUUUUGUAUUUCGUUUUUGUUCCUAAGCUUAAUUUGUAUUUUCGUGUGUAUAUUUUGCUGUGAUGUGAAAAUUUCUAACUUUGAGAAAGAAAAAGAAAAAUCAUACGAAAAGAGAGUGAAAUGUAAGUGAAGAUUCUUGCCAUUUCUGUAUUAUUUAUACGUAUAAUAAUAAGAGUACCGGAUGAUUGUUUAAACGUUACGUUUAAUUAGAUUAUAAAAAUUAUUGACGUUAAAGCAUUAAAAUUCCAACUUAUCUUUUCCCAAUUAGAAGAAGAAACCGUUUGAUUUCUCCACGUUAAAAGAGAAACUUAAUUAUUUAUGAGUAACAGCAAAAACUUUGUAAUACAGAAUGUGAUACAUUGUAGACAAGAGUAGAGAUAUUUUAAGAAAGUAGACAAAAAAAUUUCUUAUUAAAUAAUCAUCCUGUACCUAAUAAUCAAUACAUUCCUUUACUUUUACGAAAGCUAGAUAUUUACGUAUUUAAUUCCUUGCGUAUUAAUUAAAAAAAGAAAUUGUAGAUUUCGUUUAAUUUAUUAUUUAUAAAACCUUAAAUCUUUUUUGUUUGCCUUUUAUGUUUUUCGUUUAUUUAGAACUAUUUACGUUGUUAAAAAAGUGUAUUAUCAAUGUUAGGCAAAACAGGGUAAAUUUUUUUCGAAUCAAUACUAACUAAUAAAAUAAAUUCAUCCACACAUUUAUCUGUCAUAAGAUUGGCUGAUUGUUCUUUGUUUGUUUCUUUAAUGUCUCGUACUGUUAAGUUUUAAUUAGUUUUUUUUUCUUUUUUUGUAUAUUCCUAACGAACUAUAGUAUUACAUCAAUUAGCCAAUCUUAAUUAUCGUACAUACGUUUAAAUCGUUUCUUAUUUUAUUUUUUUUUUAUUAGUUUUUAGCUUUUCUUAGUCUAUUACACUUUUUUUUUUCGUUUUUUUUUGUUAGGUGUUAGUCAGACAAAAGUUUACCAUACAAUAAGGCAUUACAAUGACCUUACAUUUACCUACAUAAUACUCACAAUGUGUAAAAAGUAUUUAAUAAUUAAUAAUAACGUAAAAUCGAAUAGUUUUAUUGUUAUUAUUGUGUAUAUUUAAUUUAUUUAAGCUAUAAGGAGGCGCGAAAACGAUCAAAACAUGUGUUAAAUUAAAAGAAAAUAUUUUAUUACCACCAACUCUCAGAUUGUUGUUUAUUGUGUAUUAUUUUUAUAAAGUUUAUCUACGUUACGAUUAUAUUACUAUAAUUUGUUGGACCGUUCAUUUUGUUUUUUAUGUUCUAUUUUCUCAUUUACUGCAUACCGUUCCAACAGUCGCAUUAUUUUUCGACUGAAAAUCAAUAUUCUGUCCCAAACAGCUAGUUACUUGCCACGGUUAUGGGUUACAUCCAUAUGUUUUUCUUCAAUACCUGGAUCUCAAUAUCUUGAGUAACACAGCUUGCCUGUAACACGCCACAAAACGAACGAACUACUACUGCCAAUUGAAUAAGUGUGUUCUAAUUACUAUACACUACAAAGACACAAAAUAAACAUAAAACGAUACAGAACCGUUGUUGUUAAAUCGCUAUAAAUGUUAACAACGUUGACGAAAACGCGAAGAAACGUCAUUUUGUAAUUGUACUAUUUUUUUAAUUAUUACUUUUAACGAACAACGAGCCAUAGAUGUAGUUCUAUAUAUGUUUUUGUAUAGUUUUAUAAAAUUUUAUAAAGUUCUCUUUAUUAUUUGUAA